UGGAGGGAUUUGGAGGGAUCGGGGGGGAUAGAGGGGCAGAGAGAGAUUUAACAAUUGAUAGGUGGUCGGGUUGUGUUUGGCCGGGCGGUGGAUAUGCGCGAGGAAAGUCAAGGAGCUUGGUUUCCCCUCUGUUAUGGAGUUACUGCCAGCGAUGGACAGAGGAAGGAAGGAGGGACAGCGGCUGGUGUUUCGUGAUUUUCACGGUUAUACACGGGCAGAGCAUCGCAGAGGGGCUCUAGCCUUUUAAUGAUUGGCCUGAGGAAUCAUCUAAAUAUAUGGAUUCGAGGCAAAGUUAGCUUAGAAAGUUUAGGAGUUUAAAUACAAGCGCAACCAUGACGACGGAGAGCUCCAAGCAACAAUUGGUUCCAUCAAAUCCUCUGAGCGCGCAGUCGGUGAUGGAGAGCGCACAGGCUGCAUCCACCAAAUGGAAAAAGGGGAACUCCGGCAUGAGGCGCCCUGAAAAACCUCCUUACUCAUACAUCGCCCUCAUUGUGAUGGCUAUCCAAAGUUCACCGAGCAAAAGGCUAACUCUGAGUGAGAUCUAUCAGUUCCUGCAGGCCCGUUUCCCUUUCUUCAGGGGUUCAUAUCAGGGCUGGAAAAACUCCGUCAGGCACAACCUCUCCCUGAACGAGUGUUUCAUAAAGCUGCCUAAAGGUCUCGGUAGACCCGGGAAGGGGCACUUCUGGACUAUAGAUCCAGGUAGUGAGUUUAUGUUCGAGGAGGGCUCUUUUCGCCGCAGACCUCGUGGGUUCAGGAGGAAAUGUCAGGCUCUGAAACCCAUGUACAGGAUGAUGAACGGGAUCGGGUUUGGCGCGUCCAUGCUCCCUCAGAACUUUGACUUCCAGUCUCCUCCUGGUUCUUUAACGUGUCACAACAGCUAUAACUUAGACCUGAUGGGUAACGCGGUGUCCGGGGGGUUUGAGGGACUCGGUGGAGGACAUCAUGUCCCACACAUGUCAUCAGGCUCCGGGUCGUCUUACAUGUCCGCGUGUCAGGGGGGCUCUAAUACGGACUACUGCCCGGACAGCAGCAGCAGCCCCCUGCAGACCCCCCCGGCCAUGGUGGGCACAUUGGACUGUCAGUCUGCGUAUGCAAAUGCAGCCUCACACUGGAGCUCACCUGGUGUGUCCUCAUACAUCAAACAGCAGACUCUGACACCCAGCACGAACACCUCUUCUUCUCUGCACGCGGGGGUGUCCUCAUACUCUCUGGAGCAGGGCUACCUGCACCACAACGCACGAGACUCCUCCGAAAUUUCAGGUACAGUCACUCAUUUUUAUCAAGUUCUUAAUGUGAUUCCUGUUUGCAUUAGUCAUAACAUUAAAUUUCAUCAUUGGUGAGAUGAGUUAAAACUUAAACACGUGUCUGUUUCUUUGCGUAAAAUCACUUUUUCUCCGAUUUUCGGGCGUGAUGCCAUUAAUUACUGUGACUGUGAACUUUUUUUUUAUCAUUCUUAAAUAUUUUGGGCAUUAAAUUGUUUGACCAGGUUGUGUUUGCUGAGCGGUGAAUGAUUUAAUGAGAAAGAAUUGGGCAUUAACAAACUUGUAACGAGCUCAAAUUAGAGUAUUUAUUAUUAGGGGAUCAGCUUCACUGUUUUUUAUGUAACUAUUUAUUAUUUAUUACAAAAUUUUGUCUUAAGUGUAUAUGUUAUACAGAUUGUCGAGUUUCUAAUGAUAAAUGUAUUUAAACCAUUUUACCAAACUUUCUCUUGAAACCUCUAUUUGGUGUGGACUGUCAUGUAGAGGGGCAAAAAUGCUCAAGAACAAACAUAAAUUGCAUUACAGAGAAAUAUUUCUUCAGUGCAUUUUGGAGGCCUUUUGUAACUGGUGCAGUAAUCCUUAUUAGACAGCAAAGGUAGUUGUUUUUAUUCCUGCAUAUUCCUUUAAUUACAAUUUCUGGUGAAGUAUUAGGAUAAACACGAGUCAAGCUGGUGUUUCUAAAUGUUAACAAAUAUCGGUUUUUGUAAAUCUACUAAAAGGAACAAAACUCAAAUUAAGCUUUUAUUAAGUGGAAUUCUUUAAAAAUAAAUAAACAAAAAUAAGAUUGGAACAUCUAGUCCUGAAAAUGUUCACCACACAAAACAACAUAUCCAACAAUCAAGUGUUAACUCAAGAUAUUUUAACCAUUUUUUAAGAGAAGAAAGACAAUUAAAUAUUUUUAAGUUAUGGUACCAGAAAUUGUGCUCAAAUUGAAGUUAAAUUCAUUAAACUAAAAAAAAACUUAACCAACAAUUCUUGUUUUAUAAAAGAGGACGAAUCACAAUUUACGCAUUUCUCCAUUCUGGCAACCUAAAUGAGAUCCCAGAAAUUCCUGAUUAAUAAAAUGAUAAUGAUAGAACUAAUGAUUAAAACCUGACUGAAUAUCAGUUAACUACCUACAAAACUUUCAAAUUUACAGAUAAUAUAUACAAUAUAAAGCGUAAAUAACACGUUUAAAUUAUUGUUCACACGGGGAUGAAACUGGAUACAAACAUGUCUUUAACCUAAUAAAAGAAGCCUAAUAAACACGAACUAAUGCAUAUCUAUAACCGGAUCACUUGCGUGUGGUUUUGACCUGCCGUGUCCCGUUUCUUUGCAGUGGGUCUGUCUCGGUAUUCCGGUCACUCCGCUCCUGUGUGUGACAGGAAGGACUUCGUGUUGAACCUAAACGGAAUCUCUUCUCUGCAUCACUCCAGCAGCGGAGGACCUUACUAUCACCAGCUCCAUCACCACCAUCAGAGCGUCUACCAGGACGUCAAGCCGUGCGUCAUGUGACCGAACCAAACCAAACCGCCAGAACUGAUGCGUAAAACUUUUCAGCCACAUUCAAACCACAGGUGGAGAUUUAAUUCCAGCUGAUUUUUGAUUUUUUUCUUUGUAAUUUUCCUUCAAAACUGUAUCUAUGCAGUAAAAAUCCUCCACAUUGAGCUGAAACCUUUUUGGUUAAGACAAUUUUCUUGUCGUUUCACGCUCUGAGUACACGGAUGUCUCCACACACACACAGUGGUAUUAGCAAUAUAAACCUUUUAAUGGAAUAAAAAAUACCAGCCAUUCACGUGAACUCAUCUGUAUUCAUGCACUUGCAUUUGUUUUCUUAAAGUUGUUGAAAUUGUUGCAGAACGCUAAUUGUGAGUUUUAUUUUGAAAGGAAAAGCUCAAGCAAUAAAUGUUUUUCUUUAUCGGCA